CAAAAAGCAAAUCAAAAUACAAAAUGGCUACCGUCACCCUUACUGGCGCCAAAGGCCGCCAAAUCCAAGUCCCGACCACCCUCUUCAUCAACAAUGAAUUCACCCCGGCCUCCACCAACGAGACCCUGACCAUCGAGAACCCCUCCACCGGCACCCCACUCGCAACCGUCUCCUCCGCCAGCCCAGCGGACAUUGACCGCGCCGUGCAUUGCGCCACACAAGCCCUCCCCGCAUGGAAAGCCACUCCGGGCGCCCUCCGCGGCGCCCUCCUGCACAAACUCGCCGAUCUGAUAGAGCGCGACGCGGAGGACUUCGCAUCCCUUGAAGCUUUGGAAGGCGGGAUGCUCUACACAGACAGCAAGGCCAUGACCAUGCCCCAAGCCAUUUCUACCCUCCGCUACUACGCCGGCUGGGCCGACAAGAUCGACGGCAAGACGCUGCAUCUCCCUGACGGUGGAGUGGGGUAUACUUUCCGCGAGCCACUAGGUGUUUGCGCCGCCAUUGUCCCCUGGAAUGCGCCUCUAAUGAUCACAAUCUGGAAACUCGCCCCCGCACUAACAGUGGGAAACUGCCUCAUCAUCAAACCCUCCGAACUAACCCCCCUGUCUGCCCUAAAACUCGCCUUCCUCAUCCGCGAAGCAGGCUUCCCCGCCGGCACAGUAUCUAUCCUCCCCGGCGACGGCGCCAAAGCCGGCAACGCUCUCUCCACGCACCCAGCUAUCCGCAAACUCUCCUUCACGGGAUCCACUGUCGCCGGGCGCGCCAUCCUGCGCGCCUCGGCAUCCAGUAACCUGAAGAAAGUUUCCCUCGAGCUGGGGGGUAAAGGCCCCUCGAUCGUAUUCUCCGACUGCGAUCUAGCCAAUGCGCUGCUAUGGACGCGUAUCGGAAUCACGGCGAACAACGGACAGAUCUGUGCGGCGGGGUCGAGGAUCUAUGUCCAGCGGGAGAUUUACGAGAAGUUUCUGGAAGAGUACGCACGGUUAUCUAAAGAGGACAAGCCCGUGAUCGGGGAUGCAUUGGAUGAGAAGACGACGAAGGGGCCAGUGUCCAGUGCGGCGCAGUUGCAGAAGAUCUUGGAGUAUGUGGAGGAGGGGAAGAAGAGAGGAGUGAGGGUGUUGUUUGGGGGAGAGAGGAUCGGCGAGAAGGGGUAUUUCGUCCAGAAUACGGCGUUUGCGGAUGUGGGGCAGGGGGAGAGGAUGAUGAGGGAGGAGAUUUUCGGACCAGUUGCUUGCAUCGCCCCCUUCGACACCGAAGAAGAGGCCAUCAAAUUGGCCAACGACACCGCGCACGGACUCAGCGCCGCCGUCUUCACUAACGAUGUGAACCGCGCGCAUCGCGUCACUGCAGGUAUCGAGUCCGGACAGGUCACUGUCAACGCAUGGGCGAUGCUAGCGUCGAAUAUGCCGUUCGGAGGAGUAAAGGAGAGUGGAUUUGGACGGGACAUGGGUGAAGAGGCAUUGGAGGGAUGGACGACAGUCAAGGCGGUAAAGUAUAACAUUCUGCCUCCAGCGGCCGCGAAGCUGUAACUUACAUAGUGUUGUGUGGUCAAAUUCAUGAUAAAGACAAUAAUAAUACACUUGAGGGAGAGGGGGUUAAUGCAAAUAAAAAGG